CCGUAUUAGUGGCACACUGGCAGUAGUAAACAAACCGUAUAAGCGUUUGUGAGUGUCUACAACCGAUUCUACGACAGUCUACUCGCUGACUGUCUAGUGUGUGUGAUUGAUUGUAGCUACACUUUUCUUUGACGUGGCCCGUUUGUGUCGUUUUGUGAAUUGGAUUUAAGCUAUCGUUGUUACGGGGACACAUCCGCGUCCGUCUCAUGUUCUUCCUGAUUAAUUUUGCCGGCAUUAUGCGCCAUGAACGUCCUGCGGUUGAGCCAGUGUGUGUCCCGGCUGAUAUUUUAGAUGCGGAGAAUGAUGCGGUGGUGUUGGUACGGCGGAAGAAGAAUGUAGUGCACGGGAAAAGUGGUGUGCGAUGGACGGGAUUGGAUCUGUCGCAAUCGCCGUUGUAUCUGCCUGAACCUCGCUGGAUACCCGAUGAAGCGGUAGCGCAUUGCCGCGGAUGUGGGCGACGUUUUGAUUUCCUUCGGCGCAAGCAUCACUGCCGGCGAUGUGGAGAGAUUUUCUGCGGUACAUGUUGCGGUGUGAAGGCCGGACUGCGACGUAUGGGUUUUGUGGACAAUGUCCGUCAGUGUCAACGCUGUGCUGACAUCAGCCGAAAGGAGAACGUGUUCUUCGACACGCACCUGCUGCCACUCGAACAAGGUGGUCAUUUUUAUGUACAGCAUUGUGGAUCGAACCAUGAUCCGUCAUUAAGUAAAACGACAUUUCGCGUGAGAAUGUCUUGCAACCAUCGCUGGAUCUCCUUUGACGCCUAUGGCUCAUUGCCGGCAGCUUAUACUCGUGACGUUACCCACUUGGAACCGUUGCGUACCAGUGACAUUGUGGAAACCCGCUUCCUUCAUUUCCGCCUGGAAUACUAUGCCGGGACGGUACUCGUUCCCGGAAUGCUCAUCACGUAUCGUCAGGAUGAGCGUCUCAUGCAGCUGUGUCUGCAAGCCUCCCUCCUCCCAGAUCUCGAUGAAUCCCGCAACUGGCUGCUCGCUAUGCAGCAGGCGGAUUUAAUGCUGGCUGAACCCACAACCCCGGCAAAUCCUGCCUGACUUCCUGCUGCUCGGUUUUUACCGGUUAUAUUCUGCUCACUUUCGAUCGACUUGUAACUGUGAUGGAUCUGCGCGCUGUUGUACAUACAAUACGGGAUGCUUUCCUUUUGUGAAUAGUGAUUUAUGAGUAAUUUAUUUGAAUGCAGAACGGAAAAGCUGUCUUUAUGCUUGUACAUACCCGCGGAGCUGCAUCGGCUGAUACUGAUAUGCUGAACAAGAAUAUCGCACGUACAAUAAAUGCUAAUAAAUGUACAAUAAUCUAAUACUGUAUACAAA